CGCCGCCUCUAAAGGGCCUCUAAAGGGCCGGGGCGCGCCCUCUGGCCGGCCGCGGCGGGAUGGAGGGCCCGGCGCCCUGGAAGCGGCUGUCCAAGGAGUGACCACCCCAGCUUCCCGGCUUCCUGCACUAGGACUGGUGCCCACGGUGGCUUAACCAGGACACAUUUAUGGGACUUCAUCUCCCCUUUAAGGCUAUCUACUAGUUUAAGGCAUGGCCUCACUCUAGACCACGACUCUGGGAGCACCUGCGAUGAGCUGGAGGAUCAGUACAGCCCCAGCAGAUGGGUCAUCCGACGUGGAGCCGAAGAGGCCCUGAGGACCUACUCACACAUAGGAGACGAGGGCAGACACAGCCCAUCGCAUACCUGUUCUCGAGAUAAAUGGCACCUCGGCUCAAGCAAGAGAGCACCACACUAGUUUUUCCAAAUUGCACCAGCCUUUGACCUAUUACGGUGCACACGGGGACUGCUGAGCACACAGUAGAUGCUGAAUGCUGUCUGGGCGCCCUGCCUCUGCGACCUCCUGCAGCAUCCAGGCCCCCAAACCACGCCCUUCUCCAGGAGGACCAAUCACCAGUGAGAAAAGUGAAAGAAAGAAUGCCAAGGCACAGAAGAUACAAGCCCCAAUUUUGUUUGACCUUGCUACACACCGUACAGCCACCAAGAAGGCCCGGGCCACCAGGAAGAGCCUGCUGCACGUCUCCUACGGAGAUGGCGAAGGGGAAAAAUUGGACAUCUACUUUCCCGAGGGAGUGUCUGAAGCCUCGCCUUUCUGUCUGUUCUUUCAUGGAGGGUACUGGCAGAGUGGAAGUAAAGACACAUCAGCCUUCAUGGUCAAUCCGCUGACAGAGCAGGGGGUGACCGUGGUGGUAGUGGCUUAUGACAUCGCCCCCAAAGGUACCCUGGACCAGAUGGUAGACCAAGUGACUCGGAGCAUUGUGUUUGUCCAGAAGCAGUAUCCGUGCAACGAGGGAAUUUACCUGUGUGGACACUCAGCAGGAGCCCACCUGGCUGCCAUGAUGCUCCUGGCCAACUGGACCAAGCAUGGAGUCACACCCAACCUCAAAGGCUUUUUCCUGGUAAGUGGGAUCUAUGACCUGAAGCCCAUUGUGUACACUUCUCAGAAUGCUCCUCUCCUCAUGACCCUGGAGGAUGCUCAGAGGAACAGCCCACAGCUGCUCCUGGAGGUGGCCCUGACUCGGCCUUUGGAUCCAGCCUGCCAUGUGCUGGUGUCUGUGGGCCAACACGACUCCCCUGAAUUCCACCGACAGUCCAAAGAAUUUUAUCAGACACUGCGCCAAGGAGGGUGGAAUGCCUCGUUUGAAGAAAUCCAUGAUAUGGACCACUUUGAAAUCAUUUGGAACCUAACCCAGAAGGACUAUGUGCUCACCCAGAUGAUUUUGAGAACAAUCCUCCAGGAGCCCUGACGGCACUAAAGUGUUCACCCCGAUGUUGAAUGAUGCUGAAGCUCCUCCACAGACCCUCACACUUCCCCUGCCUGCCUGCCUCUGCUCUCCCCACGCCCAUGAGCACAUCUAUUUGCUCUGAACACCACUAAAAACCUCCAGGGCCUUUCGCUGGCCUGGAUGGAAGGGUUCCAGGGAAGGUCCAGCCGAGUCAACGCCCUGGGAUGCCCAAGCUGCCGGGCCCCUGCCUACCAAGAGGGCAUGACAAAAAUGACAGCUCCUAGCAAUCUGUACACUUAGCUCUGGAUGAAAGAGUUUGCUAACCUUUUCAUAAGAGUUUCUCAAACCAGUCUUUUCUGUCUUUGACGUCACUCUUGACCACUCUAGUCCUGGGCUCCACCUGUCACCCGAGUCUUCCCCUGAGAGUCCUGGGGCAUGGCCUCCAGGCUAGCCCCUUCUGGGACAUGACAAUGACAUCCACAGCCCGGAUAAGCUUCCUCUGCUUCACCCAGCUGUGUGUGCAAUUCCCAAGGAGCCAGCUGUGUGCAUCCACCACCCUCCCCAUCCCAGCACCCCGCCCCCACUCUGAGCAGCUGGCACUCCAAGAUGAUGGAGUACAGGGAAAGUGAAGAAUGGCCUAGAUAUUCAUCAGUAGGAUAAGUGCAUCCAAGCAGCCAGCAACCAAUCACUAUGUAGCCAUUAGAAAGAGACCUGUUUACCAGGUGGGAAAUCCCCAGGGCAUAUUGUUAUAUGAUAAAAACAAGAUGCUCAAUGAUACAACUUAGUACCAUCUCAAUGGUUGUACACCCACAAAAAGAUGUUUUUCUCUGUGUGCCCACGUGUGUGAAUGCUGGGGAAAGGCCCUGGAAGAUCCACACCUGAUGCCUCUGCUCCCCUCUGGGGCAGGAGGUAGAAAUGGGAACCCAGGGAAGGAGGUGUUUGCUUCAUCUGUAUUCUUUGACUCUUAGGAUAAGAAUGUAAUGAAUAUUUAAAUGCAAUAUGUAAUUUGAAGCACUAAAAUAUUCAGAAAGCUUUCAGGAUGCAGGCAGAUGAGAACACCAUGAUAGAUAUAAUUUGAAUUUAUUCCAGAUCUUCAAAGGAAAUGACUCACAAACUGUAGGACGUCAUUUAACAUUUGCAACAAAUUCCUUCUGAGACACCUCCAAGCUGCUGACGUCUCGGCACCUAGGUGGAGAAUCGCUCCUUUAGGUUAUGCCCUGUGAUGGCAAAAUGCCUUACGCAAGCAAAAGACAGAACAAAAUGUGCCUGCUGCCUUGUGAUCCUAUUUUCACUUUUUAAAAAAAGGAGACAUAAACAGGGCGCCUGGGUGGCUCAGUUGGUUAAGUGUCUGACCCUUGUAUUGGGCUCAGGUCAUGAUCUCAGUGUCCUGGGAUCCAACCUAGGGAGUAGGGCUCUGCGUUCAGCAGGGAGUCUGCUUCUCUCUCCCCCUCCCUCUCCCUCUGCCCCUCCCCUCACUCAUGCACUCUGUCCCUCUCUUCAAAUAAAUAAAUCUUAAAAAAAAAAAGAGAGAGAUAUAGAAACAUAUAUAUAUGGAUGGGCGGAUGACCUCCAUACCUAUAGAUCUAGGGAAAAA